UUUAAUGUUUAUAUUGACGAAAUCGUAAGUUUUGCAGAUAUAAAAAUUCAUUUGGAUACAACAUAUGAUGCGAUAACGGCUCAAUUUAUUGGAUUUGAUGGUUCAUAUGGCACUCAUUUACAAAAAUAUGUGCAAGAUUAUAAUAUUUUUUUUUCUGAAGCAAUAAUUAAUAGCAUAAAAUCAAGAUUCCCUCAAUCUGAUUUGUAUCAUUCUUUUCGCAUAUUCGACCUCAAAUUGUCACCUAUAAAAGAAAAUGAACUAGGAAAUUAUGGUAAUGAUGAUAUCAAAAAACUUUCUGAUUAUUAUGGAGUAGAUAAGAUGGACGAUGAAGGAAAUAUAGUGGAAAAAAUAAUUAAUGGUGACAAUGUAAAGCAAGAAUGGAAGGUAGCGAAAUAUUAUAUAAACAAAUUAAAGGUCGAGAUGCAGCAGGAGGAUGGGAAUAUAUUUUAA